AUGGAUGUGUGGGAGUGUGGAAGUCUGAAUCUGAAGUUCUUGUGGUUCUGUACCUUAUUUCCCAAUUUCAUAAUGUAUUGCUUCCCGGAGAGAGUACCUGAAGAAAAUAACUCGGUUAAAUCAACUGAAGCACCUUAUCCUCAGAAAUCGGAGACUGGCCGAUUAAAUGCCUGUACCGACAGCAAGAAGAAACAAUCAUUGAAUGCUCAGGUUGAAAAUUCAUUGAGGCAAGAGAUAUCGACGCUCGAAAAGAGACUGCAGGAUCAAAUCUCUGUUCGUUGUGCUCUGGAAAAUGCACUCGGUUACAAAAAUUCCUCACAUGAUAUUACAGAUGAAGCCACCAUCCCUAAGUCGGCCACAGAACUCAUUCGAGAAAUUUCAGUAUUGGAGCUAGAAGUUGGGCAUUUGGAACAGUACCUUCUUUCCCUUUACAGAAAGGCGUUUGAUCAACAAAUUUCAUCUUUAUCUCCGAAAAAGAAGAAAGAAGAAUUCAAAUAUCCCUCAACAACGACACCUAGGAGAAGACGACUGGAUUUCUCGAAAUCGGACAUUAAGCCUUCGAGGGAAAUUUCUUCUAAAUCUGAAGCUCAAACACUGUCGGAUUCAAUGAGGGGAAAUGGUGGUGGUGUGUUCGGAGAGAAGUUUCUAGAAGAUUCGAGUGUCCAACGGUCUUACUCAACAUUAUCACAACCAUAUCGAGCCUCUCCGCCAGAAGAUGACCUCGACAAGGCUGUUCGUGCUUGUCAGUCUCAACCGUUAUCCAUGAUAGAGUUUGCUCAAAACUCAUCUUCGCACGUAAUAAGUUUGGCCGAGCAUCUCGGGACCCGCAUCUCGGACCACAUUGUCGAGACGCCCAACAAGCUUUCGGAGGAAAUGGUGAGGUGCAUGUGCACCAUCUACUGCAAGCUUGCUGACCCUCCUUUGACCAAUCACGGCCUCUCUUCCCCAACUUCGUCCCUGUCGUCUGCAAGUGAAUUCUCGCCGAAAGAACAAUGUGAUAUGUGGGGCCCGGGAUUCAGAAUCGAUUCUUCCUUUGAUGUCCGAUUGGAUAACCCUUUCCAUGUGGAGGGGUUAAAGGACUUCAGCGGGCCGUAUAGCUCGAUGGUCGAAGUGCAGUGUAUAUACAGAGAUAGCCAGAAAUUGAGUGAUGUUGAGCACUUGUUACAAAAUUUUAGGUCUCUUGUGUCCCGACUGGAGGAGAUUGAGCUUAGAAAGAUGACACAUGAGGAAAAGUUGGCUUUUUGGAUCAAUGUGCAUAAUGCAUUGGUGAUGCAUGCGUUUUUGGCUUAUGGCAUCCCACAGAACAGCAUGAAGCGAAUGUUUCUACUCUUGAAGUCUGCCUACAAUGUCGGUGGUCAAAUAGUAAGCGCUGAUGUCAUACAGAGUUUGAUAUUGUGUUGCCGAAUGUCUCGUCCUGGACAGUGGCUACGGGUGCUAGUUCCUUCAAAAUCGAAACUUAAAGCUGGUGACGAACGACAAGCAUUUAGUAUCGAACGACCCGAGCCCCUUCUCCACUUUGCGCUUUCAUCAGGGUCCCACUCUGAUCCUGCGGUUCGAAUUUUUACGCCCGAGAGGAUAUACCAGGAGCUGGAGGCAGCCAAAGAGGAUUACGUUCGGGCCACGUUUGGGGUCCGGAGGGACAACAAAAUCCUUCUCCCGAAAACCGUGGACUCGUUCGCUAAGGACUCGGGACUAUGCCAAGCUGGCAUUCUGGAGAUGAUCCAACAGUCCUCCCUGCCCGAGUCACUGAAGAAAAGCGUCAGGAAAUGCCAACAGGCGAGGAACAAGAGAAACAUCGAGUGGGUCCCACAUAAUUUCACUUUCAGGUACAUUAUAAUGAAGGACCUCGUCAGGUGA